UCGCAGGCUUCUCCUCGACAGUUCGCCUGAAGUGGGCCCCCAUAUUUGGGAACAGCAGUCUAUAUUGGAAAAGCAAAACAGAGUGUAAAGAUUUGAAGACCCCAGGGCCCUGAAGGAUGGACUUUUCCAAGGGUGCUGGAGCAGCAGCUUACAAUGAGAAGUCAGGUAGUACCAACUUAAUCCCAGUCUUGUGUCAGAAAUUGUUUGCUCAGAUCUAUCCUCAGUGGAAAAAGGGGAAUACAGAACGAGACUGUCUCCCCUGCAAGCAUUCAGAGACGGACAUUCUUGGAGAAAACUAUAUUUGGCAAAUACCCGUUAAUCACAAUGACUUCAAAAUUUUAAAAAAUAAUGAGAGUCAGCUGUGUGAAGUCCUCCGGAAUAAAUUUGGCUGUGUCUCUACCCUAGUCUCUCCAGCCCGGGAAAGUAACAGCGAGUCUCGGCAAGUCUUCAGGAAAAGGCUGACUCCUGGGCUAGAGCUAUCUGUCUGGAAGGAUGACCUCACCAGACAUGCUGUUGAUGUUGUGGUGAAUGCAGCCAAUGAAGAACUUAGACAUGGGGGAGGCCUGGCCCAGGCCCUGGUGAAAGCUGGCGGCCAAGAAAUCCAAGAGGAGAGUAUACAAGUUGUUUCCACACAUGGUAAAAUACCAACUGGUGAGAUAGCUGUCACAGGAGCAGGGAAGCUUCCCUGCAAACACAUUAUUCAUGCUGUUGGGCCUCAGUGGGUGGAGACGGAGAAAGAGAGAUGUAUCAUUUUUCUGCGAAAGGCCAUUGUAAAUAUUCUGACGUGUGUCACUUCUGGCCAUCUGCACAACACUGAGACAGUAGCAAUUCCAGCCCUAAGCUCUGGGAUUUUCCGGUUCCCUCUGAAUUUGUGCACAAGCACCAUUGUGGAAACUAUCGUUCAUUUCCAAAGGAAGAACCCUGCCUAUAAUUUAAAAGAAAUUCACCUGGUAAGCAACGAGGGCCCUACUGUUGAUGCCUUUAAAACUGCUUCCGAAGUCUUCCUAGGGAGCAAUGAGCUGGGGACCUUGGUGAGUCAAGGAGCCAUCCUUCCUUCCAAUACAAUGGUUGUGAACAGCCUGACUCUCCAGAUUGUCCUAGGCCACAUCGAACUGCAGGAGACGAAUAUAAUUGUUAACUCUGUUCAUCCAGAAUCUGGUAUCAGAUCUGGUCCUGUGUCAAAAUCAGUUUUACAAAAAGCAGGAAAUGCAAUGGAAGAGGAAUUUAUCAAAGAACAGAGUCUGAAAUCUCAGGAUUCCCAGCUGCUACUGGUCACAAGAGGAUUCGGAUUGUCCUGUCAAUAUAUAUUCCAUGUGUUGUGGCCUUCAGAAUAUUCUGGACAAGUUCUGAUAUUGAAAAAUGCAAUGAAGGAGUGUUUGGAAAAAUGCCAUGAGCUAAAUAAAACUUCCAUUUCUUUUCCUGCCCUUGGAACUGGACUCAUUGGCAUUAGGAAGGAGAAAGCAGCAGAGAUUAUGUUUGAUGAAGUUUUAAUGUUUGCCAGAAACUCUUCUGGUAAACCGCUAACUAUAAAGUUUGUGAUCUUGCCUGAAGAACUGGAGACAUGUAAGGCUUUCAUGACUGCAAUGGAGAAGAGUAAGUCCAAGCUGCAGCCUCCCAACAACUACAGUGUCCCCCAGGGAACCAGAGAGAACCAAGAAAAUGAGCUAAAAGCUAAAUCUCCUGCCAUCAAUCUGAUGGGAUCUAACCAGGAUAAGAUGUUUGAGGCCCAAGAGUGGAUCCAAAGGACACUGGCCCACCAGGGCCCGCACAUCAUUGAGAAUAAUCAUAUCUUCUACCUUGGAAAAAAGGAACAUGACACCUUGUCUCGGCUUCAGGACACCUCAAGGGUCUCUAUCUCAGAGGUUCUCAGUCUGGGAAAGGCAAUUUUAGAGAUUAAAGGAGCCCAGCCUGACCUCCUUGAGGUGGUUCUAAUCAUUGAACAAAUGCUGUGUGAAAUUCAAGAGGAAAUGGCAAGAAAAAAGGAGCAAGCCCUUUGGAGCUUGUCAGGACAAUGGACUAAUCAGCAACCAAAGCACCAAGAUGAAAUGAAAGAAAAUAAGUUUCUGAAAUGUCUAAUGCUUUCAGCUCCAGAAAUUCAGGAUCAAAAGAAACUGUUUGAAAACUGUGGUUUGCACGUUUUAAAGGUAGAGAAGAUAGACAACAUGGCUCUCAUGGCUGCCUUCCAAAUAAAGAAGAAAAUGAUGAGCGAGAGAAUGACUGGGAAACCUGUGAGCCACAGAUUGUUUCAGCAAGUCCCACAGCAGUUCUGCGAAUUGAUAAGCAGAGCUGGCUUUCAAAGAAUGUACUCAGUGCCCUGCGACCCAAAGUAUGGAGCUGGCAUAUACUUCACCAAGAACCUAGCAUUCCGGGGCAAGAAAGCAUCUGCCACAGAUAAGCUGAUCUAUGUGUUUGAGGCUGAAGUACUCACAGGCUCCUUCUGUCAGGGUCAUCAGGAAGAUAUUAUUCCCCCACCAUUGAGUCCUGGAGCCAUAGAUAGACAUGACAGUGUGGUUGACAAUGUCUCCAGCCCUGAAAUCUUUGUUAUAUUUAGCAGUGUACAGGCCAUGCCCCAAUACUUGUGGACCUGCACCCAGAGUCCUGUAUGGCCAAAAGAGCACUCAUCAAAAUCAAUGAUGCUGGCGCCACAGUCGAAUUGGGGGAAAUUCUCAAGAGGCAGUCCUGUUGAUUUACCUCCAUUUCAUUUUAACAACUGACAUGGCCUUGCUUUGGAGGAACUAACCAAUAAUGACCAUCGAUGACUCAAAGGGUGGUUUGAAUUGUCAAGUGGGUUGUCUGUAUGGACUCAUUGUGUUAGAAGGAACCAGCUACAUACUACUGGCAUCUUAGUCUUUGUCUCCUGGGGCUGGGAUAGAUAGAUACCAACUAAAACACUGUCAGGAUCAUCCCUCUCCUUCAAGUUGUUCUUUCACCUCUUUUACUAUAGGUAAUAUCAAAAAUGUUUUACAUAUAAUGAAGAGACUUUUCUAGUAUAUAAUCCAAGUCUUUUAUUUUCUAAAAUGAUGAGAGUGUGACAUUUUAGGACAGAGGAUGAUUUUAGAUUUUCCAGAUAAUCUUAUACAGUGCUUUAGAUAUCAAAAUAAAUCACCUUUGCUUUGAAAAA